AGCUGGGUUUGGUCUGAAACCAUCGGCUCCUUCUUCCUCCACCGAUUUCACUAAAAAUAAACGGAACGUGCUGACGCCAAAGGAUUUACCGCCGUGUUUUCAGGGUGAUCGAACUCGGACCUCCAUUUAAAUUAUUUUGAAUCCAUUAGUAUUGUUAUUAUUAUUAUUUUCUAUUAUUAUUAUCGUUAUUUCCCACCUCCCUCCCUCCCUCCGCCACCGAAGUGAUGUCUGUCGCGGGGCUGAAGAAGCAGUUCCAUAAAGCCACUCAGAAAGUCAGUGAGAAGGUCGGAGGAGCAGAAGGAACCAAGCUCGACGAUGACUUCAAAGAAAUGGAGAAGAAGGUGGACGUCACCAGCAGAGCGGUGCUGGACAUCAUGACCAAAACUACAGAGUACCUACAGCCUAACCCAGCAUCCAGAGCCAAGCUGAGUAUGAUCAACACCAUGUCAAAGAUCCGGGGCCAGGAAAAGGGGCCCGGCUACCCGCAGGCCGAGUCCGUCCUGGGAGACGCCAUGUUGAAGUUUGGACGGGAGCUGGGAGAGGAGUCCUGCUUCGGCUUGGCCCUCAUGGAUGCUGGCGAGGCUAUGAAGGAGCUCGGAGAAGUAAAGGACGCUCUGGACAUGGAAGUCAAACAGAACUUUAUUGACCCUCUGCAGAACCUCCACGACAAAGACCUCAAAGAGAUACAGCAUCAUUUGAAGAAGAUGGAGGGCCGUCGCCUGGACUUCGACUACAAGAAGAAGAGAAUGGGCAAAGUCCAAGACGAUGAAAUCAAACAGGCGCUGGAGAAGUUCGACGAGAGCAAAGAGAUCGCAGAGCAGAGCAUGUUUAACCUGCUGGAGAGCGACAUAGAACAGGUGAGCCAGCUGGCAGCGUUGGUCCAAGCUCAGUUGGAAUACCACAGCCGUGCAGCCGAAAUCCUCCAACAGCUCUCCAGUAAAAUGGAGGAUAGAAUAAAAGAAGUGUCCAGUAAACCGAGGAAGGAGUACACUCCCAAACCCAGAAUGACCCUGGAGCUGCUGCCCCCCAGCGAGAGCCACAAUGGUGGGAUACACUCGGCCAAAUCUCCCGGACGAUCACCAGCCCCCAUGGACCAGCCGUGCUGCCGAGCGCUCUACGACUUCGAGCCGGAGAACGAAGGCGAGCUGGGCUUCAAGGAGGGCGACGUCAUCACCCUGACCAAUCAGAUCGACGACAACUGGUACGAGGGCAUGAUCAACGGCCAUUCGGGCUUUUUCCCCAUCAACUACGUGGAUAUCCUGGUGCCGCUUCCCCAUUAGGUCCGACCAAAAUGACCUGACCCUUCCCCUCGACCAAUCCAGACACCCUGAAAACAGCCUGUAUUUGCAUAAACAACAAACCACGCCCUCCUUCUACUUCUUCUUCUUCUUCUUCUUCUUCUUCUUCUGUGCUUCUGUGCGAUUCUGCUUUCACAAAACGGUCAUUCGAGAGGAGACGGCGUGGACGAGUCGAGGCGGUUGAUGAGGUUGAUGAUUAGGUGAGAAGAAGAGAGGAGGAUUAUACUGUGACAUGCAGAAGAGAAGGACUGAAUGAGCUGAGAAGACGGAGAGGUGGCGAUCUUUUGCAGCGCAGUGCUCGUCCAGACAACCCUGGACAUCUACGAGGCUUUGGAGACUUGAAUAAAAUAGGCACGGUGUAUAUGUACGAGCAUGUAUAUGUCUAUGUAUAUGUGCGUUUUGACCUGUACGUACUCUACUAUGAUCAAGCCAGCACAAAUUCCUGCUCGUCAGUUAAACUGCCUGACAGCUUUUCUGUGACACCGUCUUCUUCCUCUGCCCUUGUUUUUCUUGCUCUCGAGGUAAUUCCGUCUUUUCUACCUUGACUCGUCCUCUUGUGCUUUUCUUCAGCCCCAGAUUUAUCAGCAGCUGUCACAGUCUUCCCCUUACUUUUCCUUUUUUCUUACCGUCUUUCCUUCUUCCUGUCUUGGCUAGCACUGCCUUUUAGCAUGGCUCCAUGCUCUAACCUAGAGCCGCAGCAGGUCGACAGAGUACGGUUCAGUAUAUCUCGUACUCUUUUCCAGCUCUUCUUGCAACGUUCUUUGCCUUUCUCUGCGCAGGGUUUCCGUUCAGCUGGCUGUAUGCAUGAACUAGCCACACAAAAAAUUUCAGCGAUAAGACACCAGUGAAAUUCAAGUUGGGAUAAAGCAAGUAUCUGCAAUAAAUCAGCUAUUCCAGGACAAUAGAAAAGACAACUGUUAGUCGCAGGUUUUGUCUUUGAAAUGGUAUUUUUUUAGGAAAGUUUUAGAGGCGUGUCGGUUUAAAACACCAAAAUAAAGGAAAAGUAAAGGAAAACUUGUUUUAUCAGCAGAUAUAAACUUCCAUAACCAGCACAGGUCAGUUGUACUGAACAUAACUUUUCACCAGGAGAGUGUUUAAUUAUUACAAAAUGCCAAGAGGAAGAAGGGUGUUUGUUGUCCCUGUGUACUACUCAAAGUUACCCCUUCGCAGUGUUUUGUGUGUACUGUGUCGAGUAGGUGCUUGCUGAUUCGUCUAAAUCGUGGCUUUUUGCAUGCAGGACUGUGUGAACAGAGGUAGUUUUAAGUAACUUUUGUUACGUUUACAAAAAAACAAAACAAAAAACUAAAUGAAGCUCAGAAAAGUGUGUCAACCCCUGCCUUGCUAAAACACACAAAAAGGACACCGACAACUUCCCUGCCAGCUGACUGUUAUAUAGCACUUCAUACGUGACUGAUCUUUUUAAUUAAACAUUCUGGAACCCACAGGAACUUCGAGAGGUUUGGCAAUUUUUUUUGUCACAUCUAAUGUUUUAGGAAUCUUUCAAACAUUCCCGAAACUUGGCAACGGAGCGAUCGACAGACAUUACAGUGUUAAGAAAUGUUCAGAUGUUAGUGUAAAAACGAGAGUCUUUGGAGGUACUUACCGCUCCAAAGCUAGACUUAUUUUGAUGCUAGCGCUGUUACCAAUGAUUCCGCAUCAAAGUGAAUAGGCGUUUUCUUUUUCCCUUCUGGUCUUGUCAAGAGUGUCUGAAAUUUCAGAAACACAAGUGGGCUAGUUAGUAUUUCGUCCAGUUCCAACAAUCCAUCUGUUGAGGCCAGUGCACCUGCAAAAAAACACUGUUCUCCCAUAAUAUAUUAGCCUCAUAAAAAAAAAAUGUGGUCUCCAGCCCUCGGGAACACUGACAGCCUCAGUUUUUCCAGAACCAUGGAUGGAACCUCAAACAUUCUAGAACCUUGACGUCCUGUCACACUCUGAGAACCUCCAUGUGCUCGAACAUUGUAGAACCCCAGAACGGCCUUUGUUGCCCGCGGCAACAGCAUUUUAAAAGUUACAGCAUCUGGACGACACUCUUAGAACUUUAAAACGAGCUGCAAUUUGCAUCGCACAAUUUAAAGGCACAAUCGUAACACUGAGGAAGCUUCAAGGUCAGAGCGCGGGACGUGUAGGCGAACUUCCGUUACGUUCAAGCCAAAUUAAACGUAAAUGUCAGAGUUUUUUUUGCAGUAUACUACAGAUUAUAAAUCGAUACUGCAAAUGUAAAUAAUGUUUUUCUGGAAUAUCAAAAUGUCUGCGUUCAGAGGAAGGGCUGACCAAAAAACAGGAGGUGAUACCUUACGAGGACAGUUACAGAUUACCAAGACACUGAGGAACAGUCGACUGUACAUCAUACCAACGUUGUUUGUAUAAUUUCUCUCACUGCCAGAAGGAGGAGACAAAACAGUCCUUCAGAUUUCCUGUAAUGGUUUUCUCUUAUACUAGAACAGUGUAGCUACUAAGCUCUCAGUGGUAACUAUUAGUCAUGCUAUUUUCCUGGAGUAUCAGUGAUAUUACAGCGUGAAGUGGAGCUGGUAAAGUGGUAAAGUGGUAGCUACCUGUGUGUGCAUAUAAACAUACGUAUUCUUUCUAAGGCAGUAUUAAGAGUCGACCCUGACAAAGAGCUGGGAGGAUGUUAUUUAUUGACUAAGGUUCUUGGACAACGCAACUGUUUAUCAGAGACACAAAGUCCAAAGCAAGUUGUUUUGCACUUAAUAGCGGCAAUUAUUUACGUUUUUUGUAAUAUCAUACAGCUCCUGGUUUUUGGACCCAUCUUUGGUGCUUGUUGACUUGUCCAAGACAAACUGACAAAAAGUUUCAUGUGCAGAUGUUAAGAGCUAUGUUCAAAUGUUUGACCAGUCAUAAGACAGGAGAAGUUGAUAGUUUAGUAAUGACUUGCGUCGAGUAUGGUGCUGGGUUUGUAGCAACUCUGUGUCAAAAGGCGGCAACCAGGAUAUCGCUGCACUGGUGCACUUAGGUCGCUCUAUCUACAUAGAAUUAUUUCCGCCAUUUAUUACAUUUUGAAGAUUAAAACCAACACGAUUGGAUAUUUCAUGAACAGAUUUUAAUAUAGAACGCUUAGAGAGUUUUCUAUCCAGGCGUUAUUUAUAUCAGCAGGAGUCUGCGCUAGCAUGGCUAACGCUAAUGGGCCCAAUGGGGCUAACCAGCCAGCCUUCACAUUCCCAUACUUGCGCUUUGGUGAUGCAGUGGUGAGCAGAAAACUAUUUAGUGCCUGUAGACUGAAUACCUCGUCUUGUAUGUCAGAAUAUAAUUAAUUUAAUUAUACAAAACAAUGAUAACAAAAAAAAAAUAAGAUGGAGAGAGAAAAGUUCAUCCGAAAUGUAACGUAAAAAUGGCCACCUUCAUUUGCAACGGUUGAUGUUUUUGUCGAGUUUGUUGGCUCUUUUCUGCCGCUUAUUGAUCUGGUAAUUGUCUCGAUAUAUUAUAGUAAUUACCAUGCGACAAACAAUGAGUGGAGCUUGGACUCUUGAUUGUCUUUCAAGCUAAAUCUUGGGCUUUAAUUAUUCAUCUUAGGUACCAGGCUGUUUCAGAAAAAGUGAAAAUAUUCUUGUCAGAAGUCAAAGAGUACCGGUUGGUGUUUAAAAAUGUAUCGUGGAUUAAAUUCAGAUUGUUUUUAUCGUUUGUUAUUUUUACUUUUACUAGGUGUAUUUCCAUAUUGGUCCCAGCAUUUGAGGUGUAAGCAAUUAGAGGACACUAUAUAUUUUUUGUGUAAGGUUUGAAAAUAGGAUGGGAUGGUUGAAAAUAAUAAUAAUAAUAAUAAAACAAUGAACACUCAACAUCAGCUUUCAAUAAAACACAAAUGCAAUAAAUUGAUGCAACAAUAACGUGUAAAGUUUCAAUAAGAUGAAGAGAUGAUUGAAGGAAAUCUAUCUAUCUAUCUAUCUAUCUAUCUAUCUAUCUAUCUAUCUAUCUAUCUAUCUAUCUAUCUAUGAGCUCAGACAUCUCUUCCGUUGCCAAAGCACACGUUUGACGACAACACAAUCGCAAACGAGUCGAACUAGCAUCUCUUCUUCUCUUGUUCUGCCACAAACCAGAUUUCCUAACUAGCUGUUACAGGUUGUCGUAAAAGUCGAGGCCGUGGAGCAUCUCUGUGUUCAGUGUUUUCCUUUCUCUUCAGUUUAUCUGUGAUUUCUGCGUCUUAUUUAUUUAUUUAUUUAUUUAUUUUCCCGUGGAAAGUCUGUGAGUUGCAUGCAACUGAACCGCUUCACGUCUGCUGUUUGAGAAGGUUUUUCCCUACAAAAUGAUGUUAUUAAUAAUUAUUAUAAUAGUAACGUUAAAGGGGGAGAUAUUUAUCCUGCUGGCUCUUCUCUCGCAUUGAGCCCCAGUUAACUGCUCCUCUUCAGUUUCUGGGGUUUUAAUCUAUGGACCUCUUUAAAAUUACCAAGUGCUUGGAUUUGAAUUCUCUUGAAUGUUUUCUUUUUCUUUCUCUUGCUGAUUUGCCCCCUAUGGCGACGUGUAUUUUUAACCUCAAUGAGGGACUUUUACAGUGUUUCCCCCGUCGUUUUCCCCCCUUUGCCUCAGCGAGAGUCGGACCUCGGCCAUGUUGAGUUCAGUUCAGGAGUAUCAGACCAACGUAAUGCAGUGGCUGUCGGUUUCCUGUUUGGAUUUACUGAAACAAUUUAGGUGAUUUCUUACUAAGAUUUACAUGAGACCUGUCAAAUCCGGACCUUUAACGUUAGGCUAGAACCGAUUAGCUUAGCUAAGCAUGAAGACUUAGCUAGCUUGUUUGAAUUAGCGGUAGCCAUUAGCUGAAAGGCUAGGAUUUUAUGAAGAGCUACUGCUAGUUAGCAGGGAAGCCAUGACGCUAUGAAGAGCUAGUGUUAGCUUGGAGGCUAGGAUGCUAUGAAGGGUUACUGUAAGCUAGGGGCUAGGAAGAGCUACUAUUAGCUGGAAGGCUAGGACAAAUAACAGUCUGUAUUUGUCACUGAAAGCAGAACGUAUAUCUGAGACUAGCUAGGAAGAGCUACAACCCCACCUUUGUCAUUUUGUUCGUCCCUUUCGUCACUUUCGUUUCUCUUCUCAUUCUCCGGUUGAUCGACCAAUUACAGUUCUUUCUGUUACAAUCCAUUCCACUAUGACUAGUGCCAAUGGUGCAGGACACACCCCAAAGACUAUGAACCCUAAUGGACACCAGCAGACAGACUAAGUCUAGACCUUUGGAUUUUAGCCCUUUAAGACCUGAACAACUGCCAUGAAAAAAGUCGCGGUAUUUGAAUUAUCAUAACUCACGUGGCUAACUCAGGUUGCGCUUUCGGGGAAAAAAGCUUCCAUUAAGGUAAUGAUGACGCAAGACCGGUCAGACCCAGGAAGAGAGAGUUGUUUGGAGGAAUUUGUUGGUAAGAACAAAGUUAGUUAUACGUCUGAGAUGUGACGAAGUUCUUCCAGACAAAAGCACAACUUCCCAGUGUUCAGCCGCACUACGAGUUGUGUCAAUAGCGCAAAUUACUGUGAGUUAUGGUAAUUCAAAAACCGCGAGCUUUAACGCAUCGCAGAAUAUCCAAUUUUAAAAGGUAAAAACCAGCAGAACCUUAGGAUUGUUGGACCUUAAGAGCAUCCGGCCUUGAGAUUGUCAGAAUUUAAGACCUGCAGACCAGCAGACUUUAAGACUGUUGGACCUUUAUGCUGUCAGACCUUCAGAUCAUCAGAUCUUGAAACUAUUGAACCUUGUCUGACCUUUAAGAGUUUUGAGACCGCUGAAUCGUCAAAUCUUCAGAUCACCAGGUUCUAAGACAGUCAGUUCUUGGGUCUAAGAGUAUUUCAUGUAAAAAACCUUAAGACCGUUGGACCUUAGGAUCGUCAGAGUGUAAGAGCAUUUUACAUUAAGACAAUUUGACUUUAAGAGCAUCAGACUUUAAGCUUGUCGGACCUUGACACUGUUGAACUUUAAGUUCAUGAGAUCACUGGACUUUAAGAUCGUCUGAACCGGAAAAUAUUUGGCUUGGGAUCUUGAGACCAUCGGACCGUGACAUCAUUUGGCCUUGAGGCUCCGCUCAUCCAAUACCCACUGCUCCUGCUCUCUGAACCGACCGGCCUCAAAGAAACGUCCGCUAAGCUAAAUGGUGCUGUGCUCUAACAACAUGGCCGUGGUCUGACCCCCUGUGGCUGUGUUUCACUAUUAUAACACCGUUCGCUGUAUAAAAGAGCCGGUGGAACCCGCUGUCUCCUGGUGAGCUACGUAUGUGUGUGUAUAUGUGAAUACGUACAAAUAUAUACACAUACUCGCCUUCCUGUUUAUUAGAUUGUAUGUAUUAAUUUUGUUAUUUAUUUAUUUAUUUAUUUAUUUAUUCCUACGUCGUAUUUAUUGGUCGUGCACAUUGGACUGUCGAUACAUAUGAUGUCGAGGAGCGGAGGGAUCGUGGGGAUGUUUUUUUUUGUUUUUGUUUUUUUUCAGGAGGAGGUCGUUCAGUGGAAAUGAAAACUAUCUGUGAUACUAACUCUAACUGUUGCUCUCCUCGUUAUUGGACGAUGAUAUAAUCUAAGACCACUGUAUGUAUAACUGCUUGUUGUGAAGAUGAAAUGUAAUGACAAUAAAGAACUAACACAAUGACAA